AUGGCUCCGUACACAGCCAAGUGGGGUAUCAUGGCCACCGGCGGCAUCGCCGAGACCUUUGUCAAGGAUAUGCUCACGAAUCCAGCCACUCGAGGCGUCAACGAUGUACAGCACGAAGUCGUAGCCGUAGCCUCGUCGAGCUCCAAGGAGCGAGCAGAGAAGUUCAUCAAGGAUGUGAAGGCGCCGGGAUCACCCAAGGCCUACGGUUCAUACCACGAGCUGGUCGCGGACCCUGAUGUCCAGAUCGUCUAUGUGGCAACUCCUCACAGCCAUCACUUCCAGAAUGCGAUGCUGGCACUGGAGGCGGGCAAGAACGUCCUGUGCGAGAAGGCACUGACCGUCAAUGCCUCUCAGGCCCGCAAGCUUGUCGCAAAGGCGAAGGAGAAGAACCUUUUCUUCAUGGAGGCCGUCUGGACACGGUAUUUUCCUCUUAGCAUCAAGGUCAGGGAACUGGUCGCGUCCAAGGUCAUUGGCCCGGUCUAUCGUGUAAUUGCCGAUCUGUCAUUCAACAAUGAUGCGGGAGAUGGAAAGACGGUCACUUUCCCCGACAGCCAUCGCAUGGUCAAUCUGGACCUGGCUGGAGGUGCGCUGCUGGACCUCGGCAUUUACUCCCUGACCUGGCUGUUCCAGGUCCUUUAUCACACACAACCCGAAAAGGAGAAGGAGGCGCCCAAGGUUGUUGCAGCUAUCAACAAGUAUCACACAGGCGCCGACGAGACGACCAGCAUGAUCCUGCAGUUCCCAGAGCACAAAAGCAUGGGAAUUGGCCUCACAUCACUGAGGCUCGGUACCGAUGUCGACGGUAAGAACAGCGGCGGUGCAGCCAUCAAGAUUCAAGGCCCUGGUGGCGAGAUUCAGGUCAUGGGCCCAGCGUUCCGCCCGACGCAGUACAAGGUCAUCAAGAAGGCCAACCCGGGCCAGAUCGAGGUUGUGGACUGCCCGAUUCCCAGGGACGAGGAGAGAGACUUUGGUCAUGGCAUGUUCUGGGAGGCGGACGAGGCCGCCAGGUGUCUAAGGGACGGCAAGCUAGAGAGCGAGACGCUCCCCUGGAGCGAGAGUGUUGUCAUCAUGGAGACGAUGGAAGAGGCGUUGAAGCAGGGCGGGGUGGUGUACCCGGAGCUGAUCACAACGGAUGUCUUUGAUCCGCAAAGCCCAUUGAACACAGGCAGGAAAUAG